GAUAAAGAGUAUAAAACAUGACCGUAUUUGACCGAUCAGACUAAGAAUAAAACAGUGUUUAAUUCUCUAACAUUCUAUUGGAUAUCAUCAAGUAUAUAUGAAAUCGAUUUAUCAUUCUCUUUAAAGCAAAAGGCACAAUACUCGAAUGGUUUUAAUUUUCUAAAUGAUUUAUUCAACUAAUGGAAUAUAAAAUCUAUACAUCUAUUAGAACAGAAGUAAAAUGAUCAAAUUGUAAUAUUGAUGAAGACUAUUUGAAUAAUAAAGUUUGAAUGAAGUUAUUAGUACUAUAGCAAUAUUGAAUAAACAAUUAAAAUAGCAUUUAGUAAACAUGAAAUCGUAGAACAAUACUGAUCUAUUAUUUUAACUAUUUAUCAUAUUUUGAAGGAAAAAAAGAUGAAUAUUCAUGUUAUGCCUAAAAUUCUUUUUCCACAAAAAAAAUAUUAUAGAUUAUCGCCGACACAAGUAUCACAAACAUUAACAAUGACAACAGAACAACAACAACAACAAGAAGAUAAAUUAAUGAAAAAUGUUGAUGAUUCUCAAUUAGAUACUAAUAAAGAAGAUGAAACACUUUUUGAAUAUUCAAAAGUGAAUGAAGUUGAAACUGUUUCAAAAAACAAAUUACCAAAUUCAUUAUCACAAAUUUCAAUUAAUACUCAACCAUUAAAUGAUUAUGAUAAAUCACAAGAGGCAACAAAUUCAACAGACAGCACAGCAACAACUGAUACAAAAUCCAAAACAAAUGUUCCUCCACUAAAAAAGAUCAUACGAUCAUCCAUUACAGAAACUGAAGAAGUUAAAGAGAAAUCUGUCAAAUCUUACUUUGAUACUGUUUCAUCAGCUGGUUAUCCUACAUCACCACCGGACUUUUCUGAUUAUUUUAAGACACGUAUAACAAAUAAAUAUCCAAGUUAUUCAUCUUCUUGCAGUUCAUAUCAAUAUCAUCAUCAUGUGGAAAAUGUACCUAAAAAAUCUGAUGAAAAUAUCAAUGGUCAUAGCAAUUUGACGCCACAUAAAGUUUUAUCUACGGUUACUAAGAUAGCACCAGAGAGUAAUGCGUCUCAAACAAACAAUUAUGAAAGUAUAUCAAGGCCACAAAUCAGUGUUCCUAUAAAAAUACGACGUAUACCACAAGAUGUUCGGGUAAUUCAUACAUCAAAUACACCUACCUUAAAUAGAUUAGAUGAAUUUAAACGGAACUGUGAACGAGCAACAAGACAAUGGGAACAAGUUAUCAAUAAUAAAAAUGGUAAUAAAUUGACAGAAGAAGUAAUGGCUCACAGAAUAGCUGAAUUGGAAUCCUGUGUAAAAGAGGCUGAAAAUUUAUUAAAAUUAUUUGUAGCAGAAAUUCGUGAUGUACGUGCAACGGCUGAUUAUUGGUCAAAGAAAACAACAAAUUUAGAAAAAUCUUAUCAUAAUCUACAUGGAAAAGUUAAAGAUUAUCGUUUUAAUGCUAAACAAAGUGAAAAUGAUUAUUUAAAAGCAAUGGAAGAACGUGAAUACAUUUUACAAAGUCUUCGAGAAUCAGAAAUAAGAGAGCAAAACUUGUCAAAUUUACUUCAACGUGUUGAAGAUGAAUAUAAUACUUUGUCAAGAGAUAUGAGAAUUUUAGAACGAGCUCACGCUAAAAAAGAUCGUCAAUUACAAAAUUUAUUGUUAGAGAAAAAUGAACUUUCACGGAAAAUUAUUCAUUUGGAAUCAACCUUACAUAAAUUAAAAAAUCGAACAGAAUACACAUAUAGGCAAAAACAUUCAUCUCAUAAAGAUGAACCCAUAAAUCGACUUCAUACUCAACUUGGUGAUGAAUCCGAAUAUGUACUGAGUGACUUCGGUUCAUUAGAUCGAAACCAAAAGGUUUAUACUAUGAGUGCAUCAAUAGGUGAAAGACAGAACAAAAACACUCUAAUUGGUAUCAAUCAAAGUUUAGAUGACUCUGAUACGUAUAUACCACAAAAAUCGGAAGUAUUCAAAGUCAGCGGAUCAGUAGAAUUAUUAGAAGGUAAAAAACAGAGCUAUUUAUCCAACAAAAACAUGCCAGACUCUUUAAUAAGUGCAAAAAUAAGUGGAAAUAAUGUCAAUACACAGGAUCACAAAGGUUCACUUGAUGAUCAAAAUAUUGAUUUAUCACCAACAACAAUUGGUAAUGAAGAAAUUCAUCAUCAAUCAGAACAUUUAAUACAGCAUCGAUCAGUUGAAAAAAGUAUGGAUGAUUUAUCGGAUACUUUAGUAGAUCUAAAUAAUUCAACUAGACAAGAUGAUAUAGAUGUUGAGAUACAACCAAGGGAUUCAACCAAUAAUUACCACAGAAAAUGGAGUAUUGCAUCAGAUUAUCAAUAUUCUCCUAGUCAACAUAUCAAGUCAUUAAAGAAAGAUGCUUUAUCUACAGAAGAUGAGUCAUUAAAACAUAGAUCUCAAGUACAAGUCGUUGUUGGACGAUCACCAUCAACGGAAAAAAAAAGAAGAGCAAUUCAUACCAGUCAUUCACAUAAAAAGUAUACAUAUAAGAAAAUAUUUGAUCAACCUGUAUUGCCAUCCGUAUUCAGUACCAACAGCCUCCGAUUUAAUAGACAUCGUCCAGCAUCAGUUUCUGGUUAUUUGGAUGAAUGCGCAUUAAACAGAUCAUAUGAUUUAUACCCUGUACCAACUUCAGCUAGACCAAGUACCAGUUUUGGACAUUUACAUAAUUCUAAACGUUUAAAAUCACUGGAAAGAGAUUAUUAUACAUCUUGUCAAAAUUUAAGUACAAAACCCUACUCCACUGUGAAAUUGAAUCGUCAACUUAAUCGACAACCUCAUAUUAUUCACGCACAUUCAGAUCGUCGUCUAAGAGAUAUGCAACAUACAAAUUAUUUACGUCAUGGCAAUCGUAUGGAUAACGAUUAUGAGCGAAUUUAUUUUCCUCAAUCAUAUUCAUCACAUCAUUUAAAAAUUCCAGAAAAGACAUGUUUGGAAAGUAGUCUAGAUCAUAUCAAUCUUGAAGUGGAUCGUUUACGAGAUUGUAUCAAAUUAUUAAAUCCAUAAAUAUUAGUGUGUUGUGAUGAUUUAGACCAAAAUUUAAACAAAAAUAAAGCAUAUAUGAACAGCUUUCCUUUUCCUUUUCUUUUUUUACAUAUACCAUACAUUCAAAUAUAUUAGCUUAAUUAAUUGAACUGAACAAAUUUUGUUAGAAUGAAUAAAUAACUACUUAUUACAAAUAUUAGUUGAUCAAAGCUGAAUAUUUCAAAUCAUGGAUUGAAUAUAUUACUACUUAUAAAAAAUCUUUAAAAGAAAACCACUACUGACCAAAAAAAUAUCCGAAUACACAUAUCAAUUUUUUUUUUCAAAAAAAACGUUUUUUCCAUAACUUUGUAAUCAGCAAUAAAAAAAAUGUAAUUUUCUUUAAAGUCAUUAUUUUUUUUAAUCAGUUAUUGAGCAUCAACAUUAUUGUUGUUUUAUUUUGUCUGUUUCGACGUUUUUUUUCUCAUUUGAAAUAAACAAUGAUGAACAGAAUUGAUUUUUUAAAGUGUAUUUUUUUGCUUUUUCAUUUCAUUGUCAUUGAAUAAUUUUGGUACUUAUAUAUAUUGAUGUUCACAAUCUCUGACACUUACUGAAUGUGUUGCAAGUAUUUUGGUCAUUAAGUAAACAUUGUUUUUUCAUUUACCUGUUCGCGGAACUUAUUUGAAAGUAUACUAAAUUCUCUUUCUUAUUGAAGACUUUAUUCAUGAAGGUUCCUAAGUUAGUUCUUGUCAUGGUACAACAUUAACUAGAGAAUUAGUGAAAAAUCAAAGAAUAAUUUGGUAAUCAUCAGUCUAACACGUAUACAAGGAUUCAAAUUCGCAACUUUCGAACUUCACAUUGACCACAAUACUUAUAGACCACUGAAUUAAAGGCUAAUGUUUCUCAUUUCUAAUUGAAAAUUCUUUGUAAACAUUCAUAUGAGAGAAAUGUUGUCGAUCUGUGUUUAUUUCAAACAUUUAGCUCAAAACCUGUGCUUAUAUAUCGGAUAUGAAUAUCUAUUUUUAAUUCUUUACAUUUGAAACAGUGAGUAAACCAAAUCAUCCAGGUUGACAAAAUAUUAGAUUCAUAUUUCAGUUUGUCACUUAUUGUUAAAUUUAGUCAAAUUAGUAAGAAUUAGCAUACGAUGAUGUAAUGAUUCGAUUUUGUAGUUAGGUGUUUACCUUGAACUUCUGUGAAAAAGACAAAUGUGAUAUUCUCCGAAAUAAAAUGAAUACGAAAAUCAGUC